AUGGUACCACCAGAGCGGCAAAAAGUCAUGACGAAGGGCGGCCUGCUGAAAGAUGAUACAGAAUUGAGCAAACUGAGCGUACGUGCUGGUCAGCAGUUUAUGGUACUGGGCGCCGUAGGCGAACUUCCGAAAGCGCCAGAAAAACCCGUCCAAUUUCUCGAAGACAUGCAGGAGGAUGAACUCAACAAAGCGACGGAUCUUCGUGUCGGUUUGACGAAUUUGGGCAACACAUGCUAUCUGAACUCGACGCUCCAAGUACUUCGUGCGAUCCAGCCGCUUCAAGAAGCUCUUUCAGAGUACAAGGGACGCUCAGGCUCAAAUCAAGGCGACGCAGGUCUCGUCGCUGCGUUACGUGAUCUGUACCAGGACAUGGGCAAGACGACAGAUGCCAUUCCGCCACUUGUAUUGUUAACGACGUUGCGCACAGUGGCACCGCAGUUUGCAGAGAUGGCAAACUCUGGCGUAGGAUUCGCGCAGCAAGAUGCAGAAGAGGCUUGGCUUCGGAUCGUGCAGGCACUCUCGUCUGUGUCAAUAGCGACACCAUCCUCACAGCCAUUUGUACAACAGUACAUGACAGGCCACCUUUCAAUCGAACGGACAUGCCCUGAAGCGCCUGAAGAAGCACCCUCACAUGCAGAUGAGCCAUUCCAGAUGCUCCAAUGCAACAUAUCAAGCACUACGAACGACAUGACCGCGGGCAUUCUGGACUCGUUCUCGCAGAAGCUUGAAAAACAUUCUGACCAGCUGCAGCGCACAGCUGUCUAUGACGAGAAGCGGCGGAUUGCUCGGCUCCCCGAGUUCCUUCCAGUGCACUUUGUCCGGUUCUACUGGCGACGUGAUAUCAACAAAAAGACGAAGAUCAUGCGCAAGGUCAAGUUUCCACGUGAGCUUGACGCCAGUCCGUUUGUUACGCCUGAACUAGCCCAGCGCUUAGCGCCCGUAAGCUCACGUCUCCAUGCCGUUCAAAAGGACCGCGAUGAACGGGCGAAAAUCCGCGCUCGUGCCAAAGGCCGGCAUCUCGAGCCAGGCGCUGUCGAAGGUGGUGCGCUGACCGAUGAGCAGGAGCGUGAGCAGCGCGAGAAGGAAGCAGAGAGUAUCAAGGCGCUCGUUCACGAAGACUUGCGCGCAGACGCUGGGUGCAAUGCCAGUGGCUUGUACGACCUUGUCGGAAUCGUAACCCACAAAGGUGCGGCAGCCGAUGCAGGUCACUACAUGUCUUGGGUGCGUAAGGAUGCCGUCGAUACUCAAGACUCGCUCGAUGCUUCGCCAAAUGAGUGGUACAAAUUUGAUGAUGACAAAGUGUCGAUCGUGCCCGCUGAUAAGAUCGAGAUGCUAUAUGGAGGAGGGGAAGACUCGGUUGCGUACAUAGUACUGUACAAAGCCAAGCCGUUGAAUUAG